AUGGCCAAUCGAGGCUACGACGCGGUAGUGGACGUUGACGCUGAGGGUGACCUUGGUCAUACAGAUCUUCAAGAAGACCUCGAAUUCCACUCCUCAAAUUUUGAUGAGACGCCUCGCAAUGCCAAAUCUCAUCCAGAUUCAUCCCCUUUCCUCGGCGGCUCAUCAUCUCGACAAGCCGGUUCACCAGGAGCUACAGCUGCGAUUGCGAAGAUCUGGAGUAUAGCAUUUUACAGUCGAUAUUUUGAUGUUGAUACAACAGAGGUAUUCCGACGAUGCGCCUCAACUCUCUACCCGAGAUCGAACUUCCUCGAUGUGCUUGAUGGCAACCCAGAUUUAUACGGACCAUUUUGGAUUGCUACAACCGUCGUAGUUAUCCUAUUCCUUACCGGUACUGUCUCUCAAUACCUAGCUAGAAAAGGCGACCAUCAUUUCGAGUACGAUUUCCGCCUUCUGUCUGGGGCUGCGGGACUUAUAUACGGUUAUACUUUCGUCCUACCAGUUGCCCUAUGGGGAGCAUUACGCUGGUUUGGCAGCUCAAGCGCAGAUUUGAUUGAGUGCUGGGCACUCUACGGAUAUGCAAAUUUGAUCUGGAUUGCUGUCGCGCUGGUGAGCUGGAGCCCACUUACCGCGCUGAAUUGGGCCCUUGUUGGGGUCGGAUUUGGAUGGACAGUCUUCUUCUUGCUGAGGAACCUUUAUCCGGUCCUGAGCGCAACGGACGUGAAAACUAGCAAAAUACUCCUGAUAGUGGUGAUUGUGUUGCAUGCUGCCCUGGCAAUCGCCAUCAAAGUCUUGUUCUUCGCCCAUGGAAGUUACGCAAAGAAGAAGCAUGACGACGACGACGACAAACACGACAAGCACGAUAAGGGUGAUAAGCAUGACGACAAAGACAAAGACAAGAACUCGAGGUUCUUCUAA